GAAUCCCGAAAAUCAUUGAUGAUUAUCGCGAAAUACUCCCAAGUCCCACUUCCAACCUCGAACCUGCUGCAGCUUCGCGAACUACUUUAUGUUCUCUAUCUUCUUCCCUCUACCAUGACAUACAAACACAUAUGUACAAGGCACCGCCAUUGGAAUUACAGUGAUUAAUUCAUCAUUUACGAAAAAAAUUUGGGUCGGUCAGAAAUUCUUGAUUUUGUGAUUCAGAAUUCUUUGUUUGUUUGAAAAAACUUGGCUAUUUUUAGCUGUUUUUGUAGAAUCAAAUUAACCAUUGGAUUCUAUUUUCAUGGCUGCUUUAAUGUGCAUAAAAUCUUUUACGUACCCAAUGAUUUGGAUGCAGGAAAGUUUCGUUUAUUUAUUUCUAAUAAAAAUAUGUUGACUUCUUUUAAUUUUGGAUAACAAUUGGUUGUGGUGGUGCAUAAUUUGCAUAUGUAGAGAGUUCAUACAAGUUAAAAUACGAAGAAGGCUUGAUGUACUUCAAAAAAAUCUUCAUUUUCCCAGUUGAGUAUGACAAAUUCAGAGAGAUUAAGAUGGUAGCUUUUGGGAAAAAGUUGAAGGAAAGACAAAUUCAAGAAUGGCAAGGAUACUACAUCAACUAUAAGUUAAUGAAGAAAAAAGUGAAGCAGCAUGCUAACCAAAUUGAAGCUGGAGCACUAGAUCGGCAACAGGUUCUCAAGGAUUUCUCGUGGAUGCUGGAUAAUCAGAUUGAAAAAAUAGUUCUUUUUAUCUUGGAACAACAAGGACUACUUGCGAGCAGGAUUGCCCAGCUUAAUGAACAGCAAGAUUUUCUUCAGGAACAUCCUGACACAUUGAAAAUAUCCGAGCUUCGAGAAGCUUAUAGAGCAGUUGGACUUGACCUUUUAAAGCUUCUCCAUUUUGUUGAAAUGAACGCCAUUGGUCUGAGAAAGAUCCUUAAGAAGUUUGACAAGCGGUUUGGAUAUAGAUUCACUGAUUACUAUGUCAAAACUCGGGCUAAUCAUCCUUAUUCUCAGCUUCAGCAAGUAUUCAAACACGUGGGAUUAGGAGCUGUUAUUGGAGCUAUAUCUCGCAAUCUUGCAAAACUCCAGGACCGACAUGGAAGCUACUUAUCAAUAUAUGACCAUCCUGCGCUUCCCCUACAGGAUCCUGUUGUUGACUCGAUAAAAUCAGCUGUCGACAGACUAACCCAUUCAACAAACUUCCUUCACUUUUUGGGACAACAUGUGUUUAUUAUGCAAGAAGAGUUGCCUACUACUGCUGAGGAACACAUCGAUGAUCAGAGAUACCAUUUUAUGUCACUUCUUUUGAACUUGGCGAACACAUUUCUAUAUAUGGUCAAUACGUAUGUUAUUGUUCCGACUGCAGAUGACUAUUCUAUGAGCCUUGGGGCAGCCGCAACAGUUUGUGGUAUUGUAAUUGGGGCGAUGGCCAUAGCACAGAUAUUUUCUUCUGUAUAUUUCAGUGCUUGGUCCAACAAGUCAUACUUCAGACCUCUGGUAUUUAGCAGUAUAGUUCUUUUCAUGGGAAAUGUCAUGUAUGCAUUGGCAUAUGAUCUCAACUCACUAGCAAUUCUUUUGAUUGGUCGACUUUUAUGUGGUUUUGGUUCUGCCAGAGCAGUUAACAGGCGUUAUAUUAGCGAUUGUGCACCAGUUAAAAUCCGCAUGCAGGCUUCAGCAGGUUUUGUUAGUGCUAGUGCUUUUGGAGUGGCUUGUGGUCCUGCACUUGCUGGGCUACUUCAGACAAAGUUCAGGAUUUACAAUAUCACAUUUAAUCAAGACACUUUGCCAGGCUGGGUAAUGGCCCUGGCAUGGUUUUUCUAUUUAAUAUGGUUGUGGAUCUCGUUUAGAGAACCUGCUCAUGAGGCUGUAGUUAUCAACAUUACAGAGGAAGCUAAUGCUGUAGGAAAUGAUAAUCUUGAGAAGGGUCUUGCGCAACCAUUGCUUUUACCAACUGCCAAGAAUGAACAAAAUGAGGAAGAUGAUCGAGAAUGUGACGAGAAUGAAGAGGCUUCAGAGGAAUCUCGUCGGCCAGCAAACUCCCUAGCAUCAGCCUAUCGAUUACUUACACCUUCUAUAAAGGUUCAAUUGUUGAUCUACUUUAUGCUUAAAUAUGCAAUGGAGAUUCUACUUUCGGAAUCAAGUGUUAUCACGACGUACUAUUUUGGCUGGACUACAAGCAGGGUGUCAAUUUUUCUUGCAUGCCUUGGCCUAACAGUUCUGCCUGUAAAUUUUGUUGUUGGAAGCUAUAUAAGCAAUAUAUUCGAAGACAGGCAGAUUUUAGUGGCAUCAGAAAUUAUGGUCUUGCUGGGGAUACUCCUCAGCUUUCACAUAUUUAUCCCGUACUCUGUGCCACAAUAUGUCUCUUCAGGGCUCAUAAUGUUUGUAUCGGCUGAAGUAUUGGAAGGGGUCAACUUGUCACUCCUAUCCCGAGUAAUGUCGUUCAGGCUUUCUCAUGGGACGUACAACGGCGGGCUUCUGUCAACUGAAGCUGGUACUCUUGCCCGAGUGGUCGCAGACGGAACAAUCACCCUAGCCGGGUACCUGGGGGAGAGCAAGCUCUUGAAUGCCACCCUUCUUCCAUCCCUCCUGAUUUGUGUAGCGUCUAUCAUCGCCACCUGCAGCACUUACAAUUCUCUCUACUGAUUCCGACUCUAAUCUUCCUGUCCUAAACUUCGAACUGAUCGGCAUUUUUGUGCAUUCUUUCUCGUUUAUCGAAGCUUUAGUCCCGGCUUGUAUGUGAGUGCUUUAAAUUACAUAGGCAAUACAUGCUUCUCAUAGCUCCCAAUAUAUUUCAAGCUCUUUAAUGAUACAUGUACAGCAAAUACUACUUUCAACAUAACUUUCUUGGAAUUCUGUUAAUUGGAUUGAAGUGGUAUGGAUAUUGUUCUGUA